GGCGAGCGUGUCGGAGUGUUUUUGUUCUGUGUCCGGGCGGCCCCGCCCCUCGCAGUGUGGCGCGUUACUGACGCCCGUGACGCCUUUCCACGUCGCAGUCGAUCCCAACAGACGAGCGAGCUGCGUAUGUCUGCGUGUCUCCAGCUAGGCUAGUAAGGGAGUGAUGGCGGCGCCCGUCCUCAGAGUGUCCACCCCGCGGUGGGAGAGAAUAGCCCGGUUUGUAGUGUGCCUACUGGGCAUGCUAUUGUCUCUUUAUGCGUUCCACGUCGAGAGGGAAAAGGCCCAGGAUCCCAGUUAUCAGGCUCUGUGCGACGUCAGCAGCUCCAUCAGCUGUUCCAAAGUGUUCAGCUCAAGGUGGGGUCGAGGAUUUGGACUCCUGGGCUCAAUUUUUGGAAAUGACAGUGCACUGAACCAACCAAACAGUGUCUAUGGAAUUGGCUUUUAUGCUUUUCAACUCCUACUAGGAAUGACUGUAAGUGCAAUGGCUGCCCUCAUUCUCAUGAUGACGUCCAUCUUGUCGGUAGUGGGCUCGCUCUACCUGGGCUACAUCCUUUACUUUGUCCUUAAGGACCUGUGCGUCAUCUGCAUCACCACGUACGUGCUGAACGUCAUCCUCUUUAUCCUCAACUACAAACGACUGGUUUACUUGAACGAGGCCUGGAAGCAGCAGCUGCAGGCCAAGCAGGACUAAAAGCUGUGCAGGAAAAUGUGAUAGAAACCGAUAGAAAUGUGACUGACUGAACAUUUGACUUUGCCACCAGGAGACCUUGCUUCCAAACCAUGUUCAUCCUGCUGUUUUCCCAAAAAAAAGGACAUCUAGCACGAAACCAUACUGUUGAUUGGAUACACGAAGGAUUUGUUUUACUUUCACUUCAUCCUAAAUUGUUCUAGUGACGAAAGGAAAGAGGCGGAGGCCCUCAACGCAACACAAUGGAGGACCGGAAAGAAGGACCCAAGAGACGCCACCUCAAAACAGUAAGCUGGCGGAUUCCAAAAAUGAGAAAACACCCUAAGAAAGUCCUAUGUGGAGUUUGAAGGGAACAAAACGAUCAACAAUGUUGUUGUUUUUUCCUUCAUGUUUACACUUUCUAGUUAGCUUUUUGUUGUUUUCUUAAGAGGACCACUAAAGAUGAACGUGAGCUGUCAUCGUCGUUGUGUAGGUCGGUCAGGUAGUUUGUUUUUCCAAUUCUGUAAAUAGCCGGUGAGCAAUAUUUCAGGCUUGAUCGAUUGACAAAACGUGGAACAAAACUAGGUCACAAUUGGUGGAUGUCCUGUUUGCUUCAUUUGAAGCCACAGACUUGCAACAAAGCGCCAUCACUUCUGUUACCGAGUGUUCAACAUAAAGACUUAUGUGCCUAAAGCAUCGCUCAUUUUGACUCCACCUGACUUUCCUGUCAAAGCUUUAUUUUUUAGGAUCACAGUUUUGUAUUGUUUGUCCCUCCUCCAGUCUCACAUGGUAGCAAAGGCGGCUACACUGUGAUUAUGUGUACACUCCACCUUCAUUGAACAGUAAUGGUGAUGCUGCCAGGCGGAGUUACGCUUCAUUCGCAGUACAAAAACGUGGGGAAUGUUUUUUGGACGCUUGCGUUCGGCGUCUUGAAACAGCACGUAGAGCCAUACAGAGCCAGUUAGGUCUGGAUUCCAGUUAAGGUAAUCAUUGACAGAGAGAACAGGUGUUACAUUUCUAUAGAUUGUAAGGGCCACACUGACAAGAACAAUGAUGAACGUGUUACAAGAUUAAAUGUGAUGGGGAAACUUAGGGAACCACGGGUACAAAAUUGAACGGUACGCACCACUGUUUUUCAUACAGACUGCGCUGCGCGUGUUCGAUUCCCAGCCAGAGCACCAACACCCAGCUAUUUGAGUCGUCCAAUGCCAGUUGCAAUCCUCCGGAUGGAGAAAAAAAAGGCCAAACAAAUCAUGCGAGUGAGGAGGAAAAGCCAAAAACCAGUUAGAAAAUCUUAAAUUUAAGGAAAAAAAAAAGUUGUAAUAUCACAAGUGUAAACAUUCAUGUGUCUUAAUGGCGUAAUGAAACAUGGCAGAAAAGGGAUUAUCCUUGUAACACCGAAGUGUCAAACUCACUUUCAUGAUGGGCCACAUCGCAGUCACGGACACCCUUCAAGGGCCACGUCAUGAUAUUGAUCAGUCACUACAGGACUUUGCCAUGUUACCAUUGCGCCAAUUCAACACAAUUCCAGAGAAUUAUGCGCAGCCGCACAACUUUGUCUAAAAUCCGUACUGGAAUGGAACACAACUGUCUAACCGAUCAAAUGAUAAUUUUGCGCAACUUUUUGAAAAUGCAGCAAAAUCAGGCAUUUUAGGUCGGAACAGUCACACCAAAAAACCCUGGAGGGUGUGAUUAUUACAUCAUUUGAUUAUUAUCAUGCUUUACACAAGAAACUGCUUUGCAAUCAGUAGCAAAGUGAAAAGCAGGUAUUUAGGUUCAGCGACUGUAGAAUUUAAUUUUAAGAGUUUUGAUGAACAAAAUAAAGCAAAUGAAUCAUUUAAAAUCUAUUUGCAUGCAUUAAAAUGUUUUCCGUCAAAAUCUCAAUACCGCAUAAUAAACAAGAAUGUUGAAAUGCCUUAUUGACACACAUUCUUUACAGACUUUUGCCGGCCAAAUUCAUUGCAGUGGCCUUGAGUUUGACACCUGUAUUGUAUUACAUCCGUUACACAAUAUUUUGGCUUUCGUGAUUGGCUGGCAACCAGUCCGGGGUGUACCUUGCCUUUCACCCAAAGUCAGCUGGGAUAGGCUCCAGCGUACCUGUGACCAAAAUGAGGACAAGUGGAUGUAAUGACAUGCAUCCAUUUUGGGCGAGAGGAAGUGUUCAUUGUCAUAAUAUUUCAACUUUUUUAACAUAGUUCUUAAUAUUUUUUUGUCUUAAAGUAAGGUAUUUAUUGAAAAAUUAUGAUUGUCAAAAUGACACUUAAAUUAAGGCACAUUAAAUUCAAUUUCAUGUACGGUAAUUAUUUUUUUCUUGAACUAGGACUUUAAUUUUCCUUUUUCCAGUAUGUCCUCAAUACUCCUUGGUACAAUUUCAACUCACACGCACACUCCAAACCAUACAGUCGGUCACAGGACAAUAUCAGUACACUAAAGAGGUUCUAUCUCGUAUAUUGAUGUGACACAUAUAAAACGUCGAAGGUCAACACCCCCAAAUACUGUAGAAUUUAAGCAUGCUCUGAGCACAGUUUUGCAAAGGGAUGGAUCGAUAGUUUUUUCCCCAAGUACUAGAGAUGCGCGGUUUGCGGGCACAACCGCGGAUUAUCCGCGGAUCGGGCGGAUGAAAUUAAAAAAAAUUAGAUUUUAUCCGCGGGUCGGGUGGUUGAAAAAAAAAAAAAUAGAUUUUAAAUAGAUUCAGGCGGGUGGCAGUUAAACCAAUUCGGAAAUAUAUAUACAUAGUUAAAUGUUGUUACCCACAUACGAAAAACGAACAGGCACCUGCUGCAUAUGCCACAACAGAAGAAAAAAAAAAAAAGAGAUGGACACUUUUACGGAGCGGAGAGGGGACGCCUCGCCGGGGUCCGGGACCGAGGCCCCUUCCCCCGAGAGGGCCCCACCGGGAGCCGUAGCUGAGGCUCGUCCAGGGUCACCACCGCGCCCACCGCACCGACACCCCGCCUCGUCCGCCUUCGCCGCGGCCGGCGUCACGCGCAGCAGGUAAGCAGCUUACCUGCCCGCCACCCCCGUGGCCGGGGGCUCGUAACAGGGGUCACUCCGCGCGCAGUGCGCUCACGAAAGGGGUGGGGC